ACUUCCGGCUUUGGCUGCAAAGCUUGGUCUGCCGUCGGGGCUGUAUUUAAACUGCGUGUGCAGGUUAACUUGGACAGUAAGCGGCUGUGCUUCGCAGCGAAUGGCUAGGGACCUGAUCGGGCCGGCACUGCCGCCAGGCUUCAAGGUGCACGCGACAGCUGAGGACGAGGAGCGGGACCCGAGCCCGGUUGCAGGGCCAGCGCUGCCCCCUAACUACAGAAGCAGCAGCUCAGACUCCUCAGACAGCGACGAGGACAGCAGUUCUUUGUCUGAAGAAGAUGACAGUGGUCCAACUGCCAGAAAACAGAGGCGAAAUCAAGAUAGAGAUGACGACGAUGAUGGAUUUUUUGGACCAGCCCUUCCUCCUGGAUUUAAGAGGCAGGAUGACUCUCCUCCAAGGCCUAUCAUAGGUCCUGCCUUGCCACCUGGUUUCAUUAAGUCUUCACAGAAAAGUGACAAAGGCAGAGAGGAUCCAGGACAAGUGUCAUCCUUCAACUCAGAGGAAGCAGGGAGCAGUGAGGAUGAGGACAUUGUUGGACCAAUGCCUGCGAAGGGACCAAUUAACUAUAGCGUGACAACAGAGUUUGAAAAAAGGGCCCAGAGAAUGAAGGAAAAAUUGACCAAAGGAGAUGAUGAUUCCUCAAAACCAGUCACAAGAGAGUCAUGGAUGACUGAGCUUCCUCCAGAAAUGAAAGACUUUGGUCUGGGGCCAAGAACCUUUAAGAGAAGAGCUGAUGACAGAUCUGGAGACCGAUCAGUCUGGACAGACACCCCAGCUGACCGGGAAAGGAAAGCUAAGGAAAUACAAGAAGCAAGGAAGUCAUUCAGUAAGAAAGAUGAAGAAAAUAUUUUGUCAGGAAGGGAUAAGAGACUGGCUGAGCAAGUAUCCUCAUACAACGAAUCAAAGAGAUCGGAAUCCCUCAUGGACAUCCAUCAUAAGAAGUUAAAGAAUAAGGCUGCAGAGGAUAAAAACAAACACCAAGAGAGGAUACCAUUUGACCGUGAUAAAGAUCUCAAGGUUAAUCGGUUUGAUGAGGCUCAGAAAAAAGCCCUGAUAAAGAAAUCCAGAGAACUAAAUACCCGGUUUUCACAUGGCAAAGGCAACAUGUUUUUAUAGUAAGUGUACUUCAGUGAGGUAUACUCGUGCUGACCGAUCUGAUCCCCUCAGAAUAUCCUUUCUCUACAGUAAUUAUGUGCACAAACACUUCCUUUUGUAAUAAAGGGUCUACGAUUUUAUAAAUUGUGACUUUUGAAAAAUUCUGGGUAAAAUGUGGUUAACUGGAAAAAAUAGCUUUGUCUUCACAGUGACCUAACGGGACAUUGCUAUUGGAAAAGCUGAAGGUUCCAAUGAAGAGAAAUGGGACUUCUCAGAGUGUGGUGUACAACUUGAAGGGUCGUGUGCUCCAUUGGAGAGAAAGAAAGGGAUUCUGGUAUCAUCUGUGUGUGCGUUUGCUCACUUGCUUGUUUUGUUUUUUUGACACAGGGUCACACUGUGUAGUCUUGGCUGGCCUGGAACUCACUGUGUAUGCCAACAUACUGGCCUCAAACUCACAGAUAUUCACCCGCCUCUGCCUCCCAAGCACUGGGAUUAAAGGCGAGUGCCACCAGGCCCCGAUCGUUGAACAAGUUCACAGUUAGCAAAGAGUCAUUGCUUUUCCGUCUGGUGCACAUUUACCUAUGGGCCCAUCUGAUGAGCGCUGUGGCCCCUGCUGUGUAAGGAGCUGUGUAAGAACUGAGGACUUGUGGACUAAGCCCCCCGUGAUUUGUAGCAGUAUAAAACGACUCAAUAUUGACGUGUGAUUUUAGAGAACAAUAUGAACAUUAAAAUGUUUCCAGCUCACUUAAUUGUAUCACAGAGGGAUUGCCCAUGUCAUAGCUGCCUGUCCACCAUUAUUUGUUAGGGAUGAUCUUUAAAAACAUACAAUUUGUCCUGUUCUGUGUGUCCUUUAAAGUACUAUGGGGACAGAUCACCAAUGUUUCUUAUAUAGAAUAGAAUAUUUUGGGUGUUUGUGGCUUUUCAUCAUAAAAUUGUUUUGAGUCCAUACCCACAACACUCCAGUCCCCAGUGUUUUAUGGUGUUUUACAUGUUCUUAGUUCUGACUGGGACUGUACACUGAAUCUCUACCACAGCCUGGACCGUACACUGAAUCUCUAACACAGCCUGGGCUUUUUUUCUCAAAUAUAUUUAACCUGCACCAAUGUGUCAGGUCUUUGCAAAUCCAUGAAUUUUAAGUUUCUUGCUUUAUCCUCCAGACUUCACCUAGUAAAUGCACACCUGCUUGAAAAUA